AUGAUUCCUGCCAAUAAAUCGCCUCAGGAAGUGGAAAUAUUCUUUUGCUAUUAAUAAGCCAUUAAUAACUUAGAGUAGGGGAGAAUCAAUGAUGGGAAGGAAUAACUGAAAAAUCUGCUCCAUUCCAAGAUUGUUUAGAGUUAGGAGAACAAAACUAUUCAUUAUGCUACAUUAAUUUCAUUGGCUGAAAUAUGUGGGAGAAGCAAUGAAAUUAGAGAGAAAUGCGAAGCUCUCAGGUACUAUCAUGAAAGCAAUGCCAUCAUAGAGGAUUGUUGGGAAACCAAUAGAAAAAUGGCCAUUAUCUUUAGAUAAAUAGGUCUCAAUUUUAGAGCCUUGCACUUGACUUUGAAAGCUUUGGAGUCUUGUCAAUAGGUCCAAGGCAAAAUAAUAAUGUACUAUUAGGUUUGCUGUUUAGCAUUCUUGAUUAAUGAAGUAGAUUACUUUAAUCAGUAUCUGGAAAAGAUGCCUGAUGAAAACAAAUUGAAGUAACAACUCCUAGAAUUAGAUUAAUAUAUUAAGGAAUCGAAAACCACUUAAUUUGUGAAUGAACUUCUAGAAGAAAGAAACUAAAUCUCUAAAAAAUUAGAAUAAAUACCAAAAGAAUAUUUAAUUCUAGAUUACUUCUAUUAAGAAUAUGAAUGCGAAAUCUACAUGGAUGAAUUAGACCUCAAGAAGUUUUUUAAAAAACUCAGAAAACUAUUAAUAAAUAAUCUACACAUCGAUGAAGACACAGAAGAAAUACACUAAAGAGACAUUUCCAUACUUCUAAAGACUGUUUUCAUUGUCAAAUCGAAAAAAGAUAAACUGAUUCCACAGAACAAACCCAAAGAACAGCUUGAAAAAAAUGUUAAAUAGCGUCUGAAAUAGAAAUUAAACCUUGAUUUAAACAACAAAGAAAAAUUUUCAUUAUAAUCCAUUCUUCAGAAAGAAAAUUCCAAAUUUAUAGAAAUAAUGAAAAAAUGUGGAGUCAAUUUUGAUUCAAUCUCAAUAUAUGGCAAAAAUACCAUCUUACAUAAUUAACAAAAUUAAGAAACAGAAUAAAAGUAAACCAAGCCAGUCAAUAAUGGUUAAAUAGGACAAUAUUUAGUUUAUAAACUCUCACCUUCUAAGUUCUACUUUUUAAAUCUAAUAAACCAAUUAACUGAGCUUCUCUAUAAAUUAUCUGAUGAAUUAAACUUUGAUUAAGAAGCAGUCGAACAAGCUUAAAUUGAAUUAGUUAAAUGUUAUAUUUGGGUAUAAUACUUUAUCACUGAUUUAACUAAUGAUCCUAAAAUAGAUCUUAAAAUUCUCUAUUUAUUAUUCAAUGAAUUUAAAUAAAGAAUAAAAAAUGAAAAAAACAAAACUAAAAUGUAAACAAUCAAACUAAAAAAUUAUUAGAAACUGAUAUUAAAAUUAAAUGACAAGUUGCUAUUUUAAAUCAGCUUUAAGAAAUCUUAAAAAGACCAAUUAAUAUCUUAAACAAAGGAGUUCAAAAUGAUUAUGUCUCAAAUUCAUAAUGAAUUCAAUAUCCUAAAGAAUCUCCCAGCUUAUUGUUACAAUCAAGGUCAACUUAAUAGAAACCAAUAAUUGGCUAAACUUUUAGAAUUUUCACUCCCAGAAAUUCUAGAAUAUUGGGAAUAACCAAUUUAUUAGAUUGAAAAAGGGGAUCAAGUAUAAACACAAGUGGCUAAGAUAAAGAACUUCCUCAAAGAUGAAUCUAAAUUAUGUGACUAAAAAGAAACCUAUCUAAUUUUGAAUGCUUGCAUUAAGCAACUAUAUUAUAGGCAAACAAAAGAGUAAUGCAAAUAAACAUUCCAAUUAAUUAAACCUAUUUUUGAAUAAUUCUUUAAAUUAACCCAAAUUAAUUCGAUCAUUGCUGUUUGCUUGUUAAAAUUAACAUUUAUUUAUGGAGCCAUAGAUGAAGAAGCUAGUUAACCACUAUUACUAUUUUUAUUAUUCUAUUAUAAGAAACUACAGUCUCCAUAAAAAGAUCUUUUUUUAAUAACAACACUAUAAUUAAAAUAAAUUAAUUUAUGUAAAUUUCUAGAAACAUUUAAUUUGAAUCAACUAAUCAAAGACAUACUUGACUUAAGACAAAAGAUGAAACAAGAAUAUCAAAAUAUUUUGAGGAAUUUUACAGAAAGAUUUUAAGAUUCGAAGGAUGUUCAGUAUUAUUUACUCAAUUAUAUCGGCGAGAAGUCUGGCGUGUAUGGUCAUUGCACAGUUUAAAAAAUUUAAAUGCAUUUUGAAACGUAACCUGCUGAAAAUACAAAAACUUUAGCUCCACCUGAGAUAUAUUCAAGUGAGUCUGAGGAUGAUUACGAUUAUAUUUCUCCUUAUAAUAGAUAUUUUAAAGAUAUUAAAUUGACUAAUGAAUAGUUAACAGAACCCUUUAAAAUUGGAUCAAAUCAAUAUUAAUUUAGCAUUGAAAAAUAAAAAUACUUAUUAAGUCAUAAAUUAUCUGUCAAUUUGGGAGAUCCCAAGAUUUCUAAUCAAAUUAAAAGAGUUUCGAAAGAAUUAGUCAAACAAAUUUACUCCUUUUCCACCAAGGAUCUUAAAAAAUCAUUUAUUGUAUAUUUCUUUGAGAAUUACUAUUUCAGUCCACAUUAUGUUUAAAAAGAAUUGUUUGAAAAUGAAAUUAAAUUUAUUGGUUACUUCUUGCCAAUUUGCUAUAACAAGUUUUCAAAUAAAAAAGCAGUUCAUAAUUUUGCCAACACAGUUAUUCUAAAAAACAUUCCAAAGAAAAUAGACUCCUAAGUUUAUCAAUAUGCCACUGCAUUGAAUUAAUUGAUUUUUUCAAAGUAAUCCUAAUAGUAACCUCCCAAGCUUAAUGAGAUGAAAGAUCUAAUAGCGCAACAAAAAUUAUAGAAUGAUUAUUUGGCCAAUAUUUAUUACUUGCUAUAAUUAUCAAGAGAGGAUGAUAAAAAUAAUAUGUAUAUUUGUAUAGCAAUAGCGUUGAACGAGGUCCCUUUUUUUUGGAACUAUCUUUAUAUGAAAAUUUUCAAUCAGGCAUACAAUUAAUUAAAUCAAAAAGCAUAGCCUUAAGAGAUAGACUGGUUUAUUAGCUAAAAAAAGAUUUAAGUUCACUUAUAAAAAUUUUAAACUCUGGCUCACCUUUUCGAAUAUCGAUUCAUUAUGGAUUUGUUAAAAGCACAGCAGAGAUAACUAGAAUAUGAAAGUUAACCAAAUGAAAAAAAUUAUUAGAAAGUGCAAUAGGCAUACCAAUUUUUACUUUCUUAGAAUUAAUUUACAAUACCAAUUGAUAUUUUUGAUUUAUAACACAAUUUCAGGGCGAUUUUAUUGAUUGAAAAAAAAAUAUUACGAAAAUUAAGGAGCGUACCAAUAGAAAGAAUUAUUCAAUCAAUUACCAAUUAUUCAAGCAUUAACAAACUUAUUAUUUAAAUGAAAGAUAAAUAAAUGAAUUACUUUUAUAACUCCGCAGAGGGAGAAGUGGAAAGUAUAUCAGAUUUAUCAAUCAAUGUUUAUAAGUAUCUGAGAAGAUUCAUUUAGAGUAAUAAUGUAAAUGGUCUAUGUAAAUUACUAGAAAUUAUUGAAAUUAAAUUUCCUUUGUUGAUGGAAAACAUUAAAGAUAAUGAAGAAUUCUAAUAUAUUUUAUAGCCUGAACUAAGAUUUUAUAAGACAUAACUAUAGGAAAAAUAAAGUUAAUCAUCCAAUUAAUUUAUAAUAUCUAAAGACUUUUAAUAAAAAAUAAAUAUGGUAAUGAUGAAUUUGUGCUUGUUCUUUGAAAAAAUUAAAAUGAGGAUUGAUCGUGCUGCUCCUUAAAGAUAUGUGAUCGAAGGCAUAUAUUAUUUCUGCCAUAUAUAAUUAAACAAUAAGAAUUUGUCAAAGGAAAAGCUUGAGAACUUACUUUAAAUCAUUUCUUUAAUAUUUUCCACUUAAAAUAAGGACUUAAUAAAAUAUUACAAAAAGUAUGGGGAGGAAUAUUCCGAAUAAGAUGAAGUCUUAAGAUAAUAUUAUCAUCAUGAUCUUAUAUUUUAAUACUUAAAAUAAAAGGUAGUUAAGAUUGUUGUCAAGAUAUAUAUUUUAUCUAAAAAGUGGAAUGAGCUAGUUGAAUUACUCGAAGUUAUGCCAAAACAAUUUGAAAUAAGGGGAUAUUAAAUUUGUUUAGCUUUAAUAGAAAAUUGGAAGCUUUUGGAGGACCCCCAAUUGCUAAAAGAUGCAAUAUGUCAGAUUGAUUAUUUUCUUAAGAAAAAUAUACAGUAUUUUCAUUUGAAUGAAAAUAAAGACUAUAAUAACAUGCUUCUUAAAUUUUAUGAUACAGUUUUGAGUAAAGAAGAAAUUAUUAAGGAUGCUCAAUCAGAAAUAGAAAAGAUAUAUUAAGCCAAAAAGUUUAUGAAUAACCAAAUAAAGAUUUUAAAAAAAUUCAAGAGGGAUACUUAGUAGAAUUAAGAGCCAUAAAACUUUAUAGAAAUAGGUUGA